AUGCACCCAACCAAAAUCAUUCAAGCUAAUUCCCUCACCUUGAAACAAACAGAAGUGAAAAUCUUCGACGAGCCAGAGCAUAUCGAACCAGUCAAGCCAGGUGAUUACGAUGACGCCGUCUCAACAACCCCCAAACUUCAUCGGGCAAGCAUCUCAGGCAAGAAGAUGACCGGUCGCCCUCCUCUGUCCAAUGCCAAUUCCUCAACAUCUCUAGCCCACCAGAUGUCGCAAAUCAGUCUUGAUAACAGUGGGCCUGAGCCCACUGACACCCCAGCCGAAGGCAAGACUCCUGACCUUCGCGGCCUGUUAUCCCAGGUCGUCGACUGGCUGCAGGAGGAGAAGUCAAAGCAGCACAAACGUCGACAUGCCGCACGACAACAUCUCCAACCACAUAUCCAUGCCCAAAGCCAACACCAUCAUCAUCAUCAUCACCGUAGACACACCGGCGAUCAGACUCCCGACGGAGCGUCGACUCCUCCAGUACAGCAGCGUGGAGAAUCUACCGAUCACGAUCAUGAAGUGUCCCUCGACAAACUAGAGAAUAUCCUCGCCGGUUUUACAGCCUCAUACCUUCAGAGCCUACCGAAACUGACACAUAAGUCCUCAACAAACUUGUUCCGUAAAGGCAGUAUAGCCAAGAAGUUCACGAGACGUGGUUCUACUGUUCCUCAAUCUUCUGACACAGAAUUCUUCGGCGACGAUAUCCUCGUUCCAAACGUUGAAGCCAAUCUCGACAACUCCAAAACCCUAGCAUAUACCGGUGGUUCGGCCGACACCGACACAAGCGACACGGCAAAACGGAGAGACUUGGAGCAUUGGGUUGCGUUCAAGCAGGAAGUGGUGCGCUUGACUCACACUCUCAGACUGAGAGGAUGGCGACAGAUUCCUAUCGAAAAUGCAGCAGAUAUCGACGUGGCACGGCUGAGCGGUGCAUUGACAAAUGCUGUCUAUGUUGUGCGACCUCCCAAAAGCGUGGGGGAUCGUGAUCGUUCGCAACAAGGCGCUCUGACUCCCAAUCCAUCGGGCGAUCAGUUAUCCUCAUCCCAGCAGCUGACCCGUACUUCGUCCAAAAGCAAGCCCGCUCAGCUUCUCCUACGUAUCUAUGGUCCUCAGGUGGAGCAUCUCAUUGACCGUGAUGCUGAGCUGAGUAUCCUCCGCCGCCUAGCCCGGAAGCGGAUCGGUCCACGACUGCUAGGUACUUUCGAGAACGGGCGCUUCGAAGAAUUCCUACACGCAACAACACUCACGGAGAAAGACCUACGCGUGCCAGAAACAUCCAAGCAGAUUGCCAAGCGAAUGCGAGAGUUGCACGAAGGAAUCGACUUACUCGAUUCAGAGCUUGAAGCAGGGCCAGCCGUCUUCAUCAACUGGGAUAAAUGGGUCGAUCGCGUCGAGAAGGUGAUUUGUUUCCUUGACGAGCAAGUCCGACUCGCAGAAGAAGAGAAGAAAGCAGCAUCUUCUCAAGGAGCUGACUCGACUACCAAGUCCAAAAUCAACCCUCGCUACACCCGCCGCGGUCUCAUCUGCGGAGUUGAAUGGCCUGUUUUCCGACGCGCCUACGAAUCCUAUCGCGCACGCCUGGUGAAAGAAUCUGGCGGAAAUAAAGCGAUCCGCUCGAAUUUGAUCUUCGCACACAACGAUACGCAAUAUGGCAACUUGAUGCGCCUGCAACCUUCGGGAACCUCCCCACUCCUGCAGCCCAGCAAUCAUCACAAGCAACUGAUUGUCAUCGACUUUGAGUACGCAUCGCAGAACACCGCAGGCCUCGAGUUUGCCAAUCAUUUCACUGAAUGGUGCUACAACUACCAUCACCCGGAGCGCAGCGCCAUGUGUGACACGCGCCGCUACCCGGACGAGAAAGAGCAAUACCGCUUCGUGCGAAGCUACGUCAUGCACCGCCCACAGUUCAACCCGAGCGCUUCAGCAACGCCUAAGAUGGAGGCACGCGAAAAGACUAAUAUCAGCGAUUUCAUGCUUGAUGCUCGAGCCCCGCCGACCCCUAGUUCCUUGUCUGCACAUGGCUCCACGACGGAUCUUCUGGGUAGCAGUGUCACGUUGGAUACAUCUACUUACGAUGCUGAGGAACGGGAGCGCGAGAGGGCUCAGGAAGAGGAGAUCCAGCGCUUACUUAGGGAGACGCGAUUGUGGCGGCUCGCUAACUCAGCGCAGUGGGUUGCUUGGGGCAUUGUGCAGGCGAAAGUGCCGGAGUUGGAUGAGAAAGAGGAUGCAAAGGUCAAGAAUCACGCCAAGAGCAUUGUCGAGGGCGUUGUGGAGAAGGUCAAGGGGCUGACGGUUGGUGGUACCAAGGAUAAAGACGACGAAGGCGCCGCGGGUCCAGAGGCAGGCGUUGGCCACACGGCAAUAGCACAGUCCGAUCCCCUCAACGAUGAAGACAAACGCCUCAAGGAGGAAAGCCAACAUGAUCGACCGGAAGGACGAGUCCAGGAGGAAGCGCACCAUGAGGGCGACGCGAAGACCGAAGGAGAGGAAUCUGGAGAAGGCGAGGAGGGAACGGAAGAGGAAGCAGAGGAGUACGACUAUCUGGCCUACGCACAGGACCGCGCCAUGUUCUUCUGGGGCGAUUGUCUGCAGAUGGGCAUCGUCAAGGAAGACGAGCUGCCCCAGAGUCUCCGGGAGAAGCUUAAGCUGGUGCCUCACUGA